CCAUGCAGGGCCUCCGAUGGCAAGAGCAAAUUCUCGUGCGUGGUCGGGUUGCAAUGGCUCCAGUCUGAGCUGCGAGAGGCAAUCGCCGAGGCUGACCCACGAGGAGGGUACAUCCAAAGGAUACACAGCACUAAAGAUUGCACAAUCCUGUGUCAGAGGUGAGUGUACUGUAUACGGAAAUCUCCAUCGGAUUGAAUUUGCCCCAUUGGUCAAGACUUGCAGCGACAUUGUCCCAAAAGUGACCAAUGACCUGAAGCGGUAGCAUCAAAAACGGGCAGCAUAAUUUCCUCGCUCAGACUCAAGGGAACAGGCUGCAGCACGAAGGCCGCAGAUGCAUGUCAGCCUCGCGGGGUUGAUGCGCUAGUGGGUACAGACGUCGUCGUUCUCAAUUUGAUGUCGCGCGCGAGCGUGACUUGCCAAGCCGAUAAUGGCAAGAAAGAGAGGGAAAGAAUGGAAGGAAGCUCUCGCCGGGCGCAUGCUCUCCGAAGUCGGCCGGCAUUUGCUCUGCCGAGCCGACCGUCUCCAGCGAGCCUCAAGACGAGCAGACAGGAGGUCAGCGUGACGGAGCGGCGAUCCAUGGGAUUGCAGGAUUUCCUGGGGCCGUCUGGAGUCGAUGGAGUAGAAGACUCACGGUGUCGCGGGCGAAGUUAUCCGAUCCGUCGUGCCGCGUUGACGCAUUUCCUCGGGCAAACUU